GCCAGUUUCAUUCUUCAGAAAGACUCAAAAGACUACUGAUCAAGGGCCAGCUCCAAUGGAUGGAAUAUACAAAAAUGGAAAAGUUUUUUCUAUUAAGAAAUCACAGCCCAUUUUAGUUCAAUCCGAGGGGGUAACUCAUGAUAAAGAGUUCUAUUUCUUAUCCAACCUUGAUCAGAACAUCGCUGUUAUCAUUCAAACAGUGUACUGUUUCAAGCAAGAUGGAAUGAAUAGUAGUAAAAACGUCGCGAAUGUGAUCAAGCAAGCGUUGGCUAAAGUUCUAGUUCAUUUCUACCCCUUGGCUGGGAAGUUAACAAUUAGUCCUGAUGGAAAGCUUAUUGUAGAGUGCUCGAACGACGGUGUGCCGUUUGUUGAAGCCGUUGCAGACUGUAGUAUGGAUGUGUUGGGUGAUAUCAGUACUAUACCUGAUCCUGCCAUGUUGGGAGAGCUUGUUCAUACUGUUCCCGAAGCGAAAAACAUACUAGAAAUGCCUCUUCUGACUGCACAGGUAACAAGGUUCAAGUGUGGAGGAUUUGUUCUUGGCAUGACAAUUAAUCACUGCAUGACUGACGGAAUAUCUGCAAUGGAGUUUGUAAAUUCAUGGGCAGAGACAGCUAGAGGGAUAUCACUGAGCGUCCCACCUUUUGUGGACAGAUCCAUAUUGAGAUCUAGACAACCUCCUAAGAUCAAUUAUGACCAUAAAGAGUUCAUGGAGAUAAAGGACAAGUCAAACAUGGAGCGUCUCUAUCAAGAAGAGCAAAUGGUAUAUAAAUCAUUCCAUUUUGAUCAGGAAAAGCUAGGGCGAUUAAAGAAACUAGCAAUGGAGGAUGAGGUGAUAAAGAGCUGCACAAGCUUCACAGUGCUCACAGCUCUAGUGUGGCGUGCCCGAAGCAAGGCACUCAAGAUGAGAUCCCACCAAGAAACCAAGCUACUAUUUGCAGUUGAUGGGAGAUCCAAGUUCAAUCCACCCUUGCCCAAAGGGUACUUUGGCAAUGGUAUUGUCCUAACUUGUUGUCUUUGCAAGGUAGGAGAAUUGAUCGAAAAACCGUUUUCUUAUGCAGUGGGCCUAGUACAAGAUGCAAUAAAAAUGGUGAACGAGGACUUUAUCCGUUCAACCAUUGAUUACUUUGAAGUAACUAGAGCAAGGCCUUCGUUAACUGCCACCCUUUUGAUCACUUCAUGGACUAGACUCUCUUUUGAUACUACCAACUUUGGGUGGGGAGAUCCUACACAAUCUGGCUGUGUGACCUUGCCUGAGAAAGAAGUGGCUUUGUUUCUCUCAAAAGGAAAAGAGAAGGGCACCACUUUGCUUUUGGGAUUGCCCCUUACUGCCAUGAAGACCUUCCAAGAGCUUAUUCUAGCUUAGUUUGAUCCAAGUGUGCCAUAUAUAUAUACCUAUAAAAUAAGUUCCCUAAGCACAUUUAUAAAUCAUUCUAUGUGCAUGUCUAUGGAA